AUGGUGGAUGACAAUCCCGAUUUGGCAGCGGCGGGUGUGCCAAAGAAGAUGACGUUCAACAAGUUCAGUUUCCAUGGAGUCGACUUGGCUGCUCUCCUCAACAUUUCCACAGAUGAGCUUGUCGAGCUCUUCAUUGCACGGGCUAGCAGAAGGUUUCGAAGGAAUUUGACAAGAAAGCCAAUGGCUCUAAUCAAGUUUUAUGUUAAAAAAUGUGAGACACCAUUGGGUGAGAAGCCAGAACUUGUUAGACCUCACGUUCGCAACAUGAUUAUAGUACAUGAAAUGAUUGGAAGUAUAAUUGGCGUUUACAAUGUGAAGACCUUCCAUCAAGUUAAAAUCAAGCCUGAGAUAAUUUGUCAUUACCUAGCUGAGUUUUAUGUCCCGUAUAAGCUUGUCAAGCAUGAUAGAUAUGGUAUUGGUGCUAUUCACUCAUUAAGGUUCAUUCUUAAGUAA